GAACCUCGCGGCUUGCGCCAGCAGGGUAAAAAAAUGUCACAUUUCAGCAUUUGCACCUGAAAUCAGCAUGCAAAGUUCAGACCACAUGGAUGAGUGCCAACUUUUGCAUUUCCUCUUUGUAUCCUGUGGCCAUUUUAUCUGGGAACAUCCUUCAAAGAGUUCAUACAUCUUACUGAGGACACCUGACCUUUUGAAGCGUCAUAAUUCACAUCUAGAUGUCACCAGUCUUUCCCAUGUUAACAGUUUUGACUAUGUUUUAUUAUAUAUGCCUUCGGCGCCGAGCCAGGACGGCUACAAGAGGAGAGAUGAUGAACAGCCAUAGAACCAUAGAAUCAAACAGCCGAACUUCCCCUCUUAAUGCAGAGGUGGUCCAGUAUGCCAAAGAAGUAGUGGAUUUCAGUUCCCAUUAUGGAAGUGAGAAUAGUAUGUCCUAUACCAUGUGGAAUUUGGCAGGUGUACCAAAUGUUUUCCCAAGUUCUGGUGAUUUUACUCAGACAGCUGUGUUUCGAACAUAUGGAACAUGGUGGGAUCAGUGUCCUAGUGCUUCCUUGCCAUUCAAGAGGACGCCGCCUAAUUUUCAGAGCCAGGACUAUGUAGAACUUACUUUUGAACAACAGGUGUAUCCUACAGCUGUUCAUGUUCUGGAAACCUAUCAUCCUGGAGCAGUCAUUAGAAUUCUGGCUUGUUCUGCAAAUCCGUAUUCCCCAAGUCCACCAGCUGAAGUAAGGGAAAUUUCUUUCUUUGGCAGAUGGGAGAUUCUUUGGUCAGAGAGACCUACGAAGGUGAAUGCUUCCCAGGCUCGCCAGUUUAAACCUUGUAUUAAGCAGAUAAAUUUUCCCACAAAUCUUAUACGGCUGGAAAUAAAUAGUUCUCUUCUGGAUUAUUACACUGAAUUAGAUGCAGUUGUGCUACAUGGUAUGAAGGACAAGCCACUGCUUUCUCUAAAGACUUCACUUAUUGAUAUGGACGAUCUAGAAGAAGAUGACUAUGAAGAAAAUGAUGACUGUGUAAUGGAUAAUCUUAACAAAAAGUUUAGCAAUGCUACCCUCAGAGAAGGGCCAAAUAAUGGAUAUUUUGAUAAACUACCUUAUGAGCUCAUUCAGCUGAUUCUGAAUCAUCUUACGCUACCAGACCUGUGUAGAUUAGCACAGACUUGCAAACUACUGAACCAGCAUUGCUGUGAUCCUCUACAAUACAUCCACCUCAAUUUGCAACCAUAUUGGGCAAAACUAAAUGACACUUCUCUGGAAUUUCUACAGGCUCGUUGUACUCUCGUUCAGUGGCUUAAUUUAUCUUGGACUGGCAAUAGGGGCUUCAUCUCUGUUGCCGGAUUUAGCAGAUUCCUGAAGGUUUGUGGAUCUGAGUUAGUACGCCUUGAAUUAUCUUGCAGCCACUUCCUUAAUGAAACUUGCCUGGAGGUUAUAUCUGAAAUGUGUCCAGAUCUGCAGGACUUAAAUCUCUCAUCCUGUGAUAAACUACCACCUCAAGCUUUCAACCACAUUGCCAAAUUAUGUGGCCUUAAACGACUAGUUCUCUAUCGAACAAAAGUAGAGCAAACAGCACUGCUCAGCAUUUUGAACUUCUGUGCAGAGCUUCAGCACCUCAGUUUGGGUAGUUGUGUAAUGAUUGAAGACUAUGAUGUGAUAGCUAGCAUGAUAGGAGCCAAGUGUAAAAAACUCCAGACCCUGGAUCUGUGGAGAUGUAAGAAUAUUACUGAGAAUGGGAUAGCAGAACUAGCUUCUGGGUGUCAGCUUCUGGAGGAGCUCGACCUUGGCUGGUGCCCCACUCUGCAAAGCAGCACCGGAUGCUUCACCAGACUUGCACGCCAGCUUCCGAACUUGCAGAAACUCUUUCUUACAGCUAACAGGUCUGUGUGUGACACAGACAUUGAAGAACUGGCAUGCAAUUGUACCAGAUUACGGCAACUGGACAUAUUAGGAACAAGAAUGGUAAGUCCUGCAUCUUUAAGAAAACUCCUGGAAUCUUGUAAAGAUCUUUCCUUACUUGAUGUGUCCUUCUGUUCACAGAUUGAUAACAGAGCUGUGCUAGAACUGAAUGCUAGCUUUCCAAAAGUGUUCAUAAAAAAGAGCUUUACUCAGUGACUUAAUACAUGUUGUAUAAUAAAAUUAAUGUGCUUUUGUGGGGUUUUAUUUUGGGAACAGUUUUGUUUCUUGAUUUGUUUAGUUUUUAUAAUAGUAGGGAUUAAGACCUUUAUAGAUUGUAAAGAAAAAAUAUGAAAUUGUCUACUAAAUCAAGUAAAAAUGUAAACACAUGUUUUCACAAAAUAUGGCAAUCACUGGUAUUCAAGAAUAUGUAAGAAAAUGGUAUUAUUUUUAUCUUACAUUAAUCAAUGACAUUAGUCUUUAGUCAGUAAUUACAUAUUUAAUAAAAGAGUAACAUGGAAACAUUAUAACUUACUUUUAAAGGAAUGCUUUGAAUAAUGAAGUACCAUGAUAUUUAUCCAAAAAUAAAGUUAGUUUUCCACAUCUCCAUUUUAAAAAUAUUGAAUGUGUCAUUUAUGACAUGGUCAGUAUUUUCUUUGUUAUGUAUACAAUUGUCAGCUAGUUGGAGAAAGAUUAUUUUUAAGCUGAUGCAGUUUUGGAAAGAUGUGUUUUUUUUUUCUUUUUUAAUUAAAGUAGUGUGCUGUCUUAGAGUAUAUCUUUAAUACUAUAUUAGGUACAUCAAGAAACUCUAUGUGAAUUUCUGGCAGAAACAAAGAAAAGGGAAUUACCUGAUUUUUCCAUAGUGGUAUUGGUGUCAAAGGCUUUUUGUCAUAUAGCUUAAAAUGAAUAAGAGAACCAACCACUCAAAACAGGCUUCUGUGCGCUGAAUUAUGUCAUAUUGUGCUAUGUCAGCUUAUCCUCCAAAACCUACCAAAACAAAAGAACUUACAAUACAGAAAAAUGUGUCUGUGAUUCCUCCUUAGAUUGAUGAUUUAACCGAUAAAAAAGAUGGAGCACUUAUUUUUGUAGAAUAUAUCCAUCAUGAAUUAAUUUACAAUAACUAUUCAAACUGAAAAUUUUUAGUUUUUUUCACAUUCCUCUAUUUCACUAUUGAAUAAUACUAAUAUAAAUAUAUGGACACAAUCAAGAACAAGAGAUAAACUACUAAAUGAAAUAGCUUUUCAGUUGCUAAGCAGAUGCCUUAAAAAUUUGCCACAGGUUUAAGACUUCUGAAUUCUACAUGAAUUUUAUUUAUAUUUUUUCCUGUCCUCCAGCAACUUAAAUAAGUAGAACUCAACUACAGUGAGAAAAACAAAAAGGAAGCUAACAUUGUUAAAAAGUGAAUUGAUUUAGUUUUGCUCCUAACAAACUAGACAGAGAACAUUUUGUUGUAGAAAAAGGUAGUGCUAUUUGGACUAACGAACUAAUAUUAAGUGUGUUGUGUAACAAAAUUCAUUUUGCCACUCAAGGCAAACCUCUACAUGUUCCAGAAUUGUUCUGUCUAAUAAGGUAACCACUGACCACAGGGAUGUGGCUAUUUUAUUUAAUUUUAAUUCACUUAAAUUUAAUUAAAAAAUCAGUUCCUCAGUUGCAGUAGCCACUGUGUUCAGUAGUCACGUGUUGCAUUAGCAAGGGUAGUUACCUGAGCCAUAAAUAUUCAUUAGUCCCAUGUGGCUAGUGAUUAACAUACUAGACAGUGAAGAUUGAGAACAUGUUCAUCAUUGCAGAAGUUCUGUUGUAUAGCAAGCACUACUCUAGAAUUUCCUUUAUAAGAUGUGUGCAUAUCUUUUAAAAGCACAUUGAAUUUAGAAAUUAGCACAGUUAAUAUAUAUCUUCAUGGUAUUUUCAACAGCACAUUAAUGAAAGCUUUUUUCUCCAAAAGUUCUUAAGCUGGUGAACUUGUAAGUAUGACAAAUAGUAGGCAUUCAGUACGUAUUUAUUCAAUGAAUAAGAACGUAUUAUUGACUCAAACGAUAUAAAAUGUCAAUUUUUAAAAAAGUGUUGUAAAUUAUUAGUAGUACUGCAUCAAUUCUUUUAGAGUAUGGUGAAUGUAAUAUUGUAACUCUAAAAAAUUAAAAACUAAUACAAUCUCUGCUCCACAUACAAAAC